AUGAUCAUUCAUUUUCCAAUUGUCAAGAAGAUAGCCUAUCUAUUCUUUUUAGCAUAUUGUGUAAUUUGGUUUCGCGUCGUUGAGUGGGAAAAAAUCAUCCAAUUAUCGCAAGGUUCUGGUAAGAACGUGAUACGGUUCAACGAUCGAAGAAUUUAUUUUGAUUAUCUUCAUUUACCUUCACCGGAGACUUGUAAAUUCGCUCCAUUUCUCGUAGCUGUUGUCCUGUCAGCACCGGAAGAUUGGGAGAUUCGAGACGCAAUUCGAUCCAAUUGGGCGUCUGGGAAUUACUCCGAUAAAAUUGGGGAAGGAGACGUAGAAGUUGUUUUCAUUCUCUCACAACCAACAAAAAGCGAUAAAGAAAUGGUGCGAGUCGAGGCUGAGAGAUUUGGUGAUUUGAUAGUCACAAACCUUGCCGAAACAUACGAUAAUUUGUUGUAUAAGGUAUACGCUCUAUUUCAUUGGCAGCACCAUCAUUGUCCAUCGGCUAAAUAUUUGCUCAAAGUCGAUCAAGAUGUCAUUGUCAAUUUUGAUCGACUUAUUUCGUUUUUACCAGGGAUCCCUCCUCAAUUUCCUCAAAUGUAUUGUAAAACAUGGGUGAGAUCGAUGCCGAAAAGGGAUUCAAAUAGUAAAUGGUUUGUGGCCGGUUCUCAAUGGAAGCGGAAAUUUUUCCCCGUUUACUGUGAUGGCCCUGCAUAUGUUCUAUCCACAAAUGGAGUUGGAUCAUUGUUAGAAGCCAUUUCAAUGUUUCCACCAAUUUUCAUUGAGGAUGUCUUUUACACAGGAAUUGUUGCUGAGAGGUUGAGAAUACGAAGAAAUGCAAUGAAUAAAGUGUUUCAUCAUACAAGAAGGGAUCUUGAACGGGGAAUUGCCUCGUGUAAUCUUGCGGGAAUUCCUCUUAUUGCAGCUGUUCAUCCCGUAAAAGGAGUACAGAAAAUCAUUGAAGAUUCAAUAACAAUGAAGAAACUUAAAUGCAGAAAUGGAUUGAGUGCAGUUCUGAAGAGGUAUCUCCCUGAUCGGCCAAUCUAUCCACCACCAAUCGAUUUACCCAUUUUUGAUCGAAAAUUGAAAAAGAUAAACUCGCGUCUCAUUGCUCAACAACACGAUCUAACAAAAAAACCG